CGGGACACCCUGUAUAUACAUAUAAUCGUUCGUUAUCCGUUCACUAGCAAUUACGGUGUUAUCUUUUCCUUUUCGCUAUAUUGUAUCUUUGUGCGUGCAAUAAAGAACUUGUAUUGUGAAGACGUGUUCCCUAUUGUUCCGUGCGUUACACACGUUCUGUUCGAAGAAGGAUAAAUUGCAGCACAUUAAUUAAAAUUCGGAGACAGAAGAUAUGUUUUGAAAAUGCAUUCUGUCAUAACAUAUAGUUACACAUACUCGGUUUGUGAAGACGUGUUCCCUAUUGUUCCGUGCGUUACACACGUUCUGUUCGAAGAAGGAUAAAUUGCAGCACAUUAAUUAAAAUUCGGAGACAGAAGAUAUGUUUUGAAAAUGCAUUCUGUCAUAACAUAUAGUUACACAUACUCGGUUUGUGAAGACGUGUUCCCUAUUGUUCCGUGCGUUACACACGUUCUGUUCGAAGAAGGAUAAAUUGCAGCAUAUUAAUUAAAAUUCGGAGACAGAAGAUAUGUUUUGAAAACGCAUUCUGUCAUAACAUAUAGUUACACAUACUCGGUUUCAGUUUUUCGCGAUGGGUAGAUUACUCCUGAUGCAACUGUUCUUCGCACUGUGCCUUUUGGAUGCCUUGAUAUCUGUGACAAUCGCAAUUUUACUAGAAAAUUCUGGAAGGACCAGAGAAAAUGACUACAAAAAGCCGCAUAUCGUUAUCAUCCUCGCAGACGAUUUGGGCUGGAACGACGUCGGUUUCCAUGGUUCCGAUCAGAUCCCGACACCGAAUAUCGACGCUCUCGCGUAUAAUGGAGUUAUUCUGAAUCAUCAUUAUGUACCAGCAUUGUGCACGCCAAGUAGAGCAGCCUUAAUGACUGGAAAGUAUCCAACCCAUACAGGUAUGCAACAUAGUGUUAUAUUACCGUCAGAACCACGUGCACUUCCACUAGAAGAGAAGCUACUAUCGCAGUAUUUGAAGGAAGCGGGUUAUGCAACACAUAUAGUGGGUAAAUGGCACCUGGGUUUCUACAAACAGAAGUAUACACCGCUCUUUCGCGGUUUUGAUACGCAUUUUGGUUAUUGGAAUGGUCUCCACGAUUAUUACACUCACGACACACUGGAUCCAUUUAUAUUAAAACAAGGCAUAGACAUGAGGCGGAAUAUGACGGUCGCGUGGGACACAAGGAACAAAUAUUCAACGGAUCUCUUUACCGAGGAAGCAGUACGUUUAAUUAAUAUUCACAAUGCCGAUGACCCAAUGUUCUUAUACCUGGCUCAAAUUGCUCCCCAUAGUGGAAAUAUAAAUCAAUUACUACAAGCUCCUUCCGAAGAGAUCGAAAAGUUCUCUUACAUCACUGAUGAAAAGAGAAGAAUUUACGCUGCCAUGGUUUCUAAAUUAGACCAGUGCGUCGGCGAUGUUAUAGAAGUCUUGAAAAAACGCGGUAUGUUGGAGAAUAGCAUUAUUGUCUUCAUGAGUGAUAACGGUGCACCCACUAAUGGUUUUUUGGCUAAUCAGGGCAGUAAUUAUCCUCUUCGUGGAAUAAAAGAAACCGCUUGGGAAGGCGGCGUGCGAGGAACAGCUGCAAUUUGGAGCCCUCUAAUCAAGAAACGCGAACGGGUCUCGAACCAAUUAAUGUAUAUGGCCGAUUGGUUGCCCACUUUGCUGUCCGUCGUCGGCGUAAACAAGGAAGAAAUUGGCGAGAUUGAUGGCUUCGACAUGUGGCCGACAAUCGCAUUCGAUGAGAUCAGUCCUAGAGAAGAGAUGGUGAUAAACAUUGACAGUAUUAGCAAAUACGAGGCCAUUCGUCUUGGCAAGUACAAGUACGUGCGCGGUCAGACCACAUCGAGUUCUGAGUGGUUAGGAGAGAGUAGAAAAAACUCGACUGAGCAACAACCGCAAUAUCUGCCUGAAACAGUAUUGUAUAGCAAAGCUGGAGUUGCCAUUGCCGAAGUGACAGCUGGUGACAAUAAUGCUAUACUGACUUCUCAAAAGAUCUUGGAGUUAAGACAAGAAGCGAAAGUCUAUUGCAACGUUACAGAAGCGGAGAAGAUUCAAUGCCACGCAUGGUCAACGCCAUGUCUCUUCGAUCUAGAGAGGGAUCCUUGCGAAAUGAUAAAUAUCAUUGAACAGAAACCUUCCGUCGCGGAAGGCUUACAACAAGCUCUGGAUCGGCACAAAUUGACUAUGGUACCGCCGAACAAUAAGUUUUUUAUAGAUCCGCGAGCAAAUCCGCAUAAGUGGAACAACACGUGGGACUGCUGGUUGGAUCACAACCCAGAAACGUUUAUACAUAUGAACAAAAUUAUUGGUGUAUAUUUUGUCACAUUUGUCGCGAUCGUGUUUUGCGUUUUCGCGUUCGUGCACAACUUGCAAUUAAAACCUAAAAAACCUAAUAAAACCUAAAACAAACCUAAAAAAUCGUAUAGUUUGAAGCACAUUCAUUUGCAAAAUGAUUAUACAGACAAGUAUAACGAUGUAUGGAAAGAGGAAUGAAUUAAUUCAGUUAAUUCAGGUAUUUACUGUAAUUCGUGGAUAGAAAAAUAUUGUUCUGUGUUCUUCUUAUUUUAUCUCUUACUAUUCCUAUAUUAUAUCUUACUAUUUUCUUCGUAUACUAUACCUUAUUGUCUCUUCUUUCCUCUCUCUUCACCUAUUUACAAAUUACAAAGUGGCGUCCAUUUAUCCAAUUGCUGAGGCGUUAAUGAUAUUGACUCUAUACUGUUGGCUUGUCUUAUCUUUAUUUUGACUGCAAGAUGCAAUCCUGGUGAUAUAAAUGUUUAUAUCACCGUAUAGAUAACGA